AUGUCGUUGAGCCCAAAGCACACAACGCCUUUCUCAGUGACAGAUAUUUUGAGUCCAAUCGAGGAGACCUACAAGAAGUUCAGUGGCAUGGACGGCGCCGGAAACCUAACCUCUCCACUGGGAGCCUACCGACAGCCUCAGGUGUCUCAGACCGGCAUGCAACAGCACUCCAUGGGCCAUAACGCCACCGUGGCCACCACUUACCACAUGCCGCACACCGUCUCCCAGUUCUCCCACAGCGCAAUGGGGGGAUACUGCAAUGGGAGCAUUGGCAACAUGGGAGACCUCCCGUCGUACCAGGAAAGCAUGCGGAAUAGUGCAGCAGCAACAGGGUGGUACAGCGCCAACCCUGAUCCAAGAUACUCCACGAUUUCUAGAUUCAUGGGACCUUCCACAGGUAUGAACAUGACCGGCAUGGGCAGUCUCACAGGAAUGGCGGACGCCACCAAAUCCAUGCCAGUUCUCCACGCUGCGCCCAGGAGGAAACGGCGCGUCCUGUUCUCGCAGGCUCAAGUCUACGAGCUGGAGAGGAGGUUUAAGCAGCAGAAAUACCUGUCGGCGCCGGAGAGGGAGCACCUGGCCAGCAUGAUCCACCUGACGCCGACUCAGGUGAAGAUCUGGUUUCAGAAUCACCGGUACAAGAUGAAGCGCCAGGCCAAGGACAAGGCGGCGCAGCAGCUGCAGCAGCAGCAGCAGCAGCAGGACGGUAACCUGUGCCAACAGCAGGCGCAGUCCCCGAGGCGCGUAGCCGUGCCAGUUCUGGUGAAGGACGGUAAACCGUGCCAGAACGGCUCCAACACGCCGACGCCGAACCAGCAACAGGUACAACAGAGCCAACAACAAAGCCAACAACAGAACGGAGCAGGAGUCGUGCUCGCAUCCUCGACCAGCAGCCUCAGCCAGCAUCAAAGCCAGCAGCAGGUGAACGCUUUGGAGCUGGAGGAGAUGUCGCCCAGCCCCCCCUCGCUGCACAGCCAGCUCAACAUGGCCCAGAUAGACACAUCUGCUGUAGAUUACACCAGUAACAUGGUCAGCUCAAACCUUCUCUACGGCAGAACGUGGUAG